AUGGAGGUCCUCGCGCCCGGUUGUUAUACCUAUGUGGAAAAGUUCACCAGCGAGAAACCCGCCUACCACAUUCCGCAUUGGCAAGAUGAGGUGGAAAAACUAGUCGACGAUGUCUGGGCGGUUCUCGUGCAGGGCCGUACCGAGAGUGCUGUAAAGAGUCUCGAGAAUACGUGCAGGGACCAACACCCUGACGAAUUGGGUUUAUACGCCCCCGCACUCCCGUGGUACACUCAACCUCCGCCCUCCUACGACGAUGCCGUGAACGAUCUUCCUCCGGAAUACCCUGCGCUGCCUCCGCUCGCGGAGCGCAAGACUGCGCUCUCACCUACUGCGCCGCUAGCGCCUGCUACGAAAUCGCGAAACCAGUCGCGUUCGCUGUACAAAGAUACGAUCCUCGAUGUGUAUAUUGACUUUGAGAACCCGGUCGGCGUGCGAGAGCACAAGAAGAAGAAAGGUGGUGGUGGUGGUGCGGCGAAGAAACCCGCUGCCCCGCCGCCCCCGCCUGAUAAUGGGGGUUCUUCAAAUGAUGCUGGGGACGAUCAAGCGAACGGCGAUGCGAAUAGUGGCGGUGAUGCGGGCGGAGGAGAUGGAGGCGGUGACGAUGGUAGUGGAGGCGGCGGAGGUGGUGGGGAUGAUGGUGGUGGUGACGACUGGAAUGCCUGGGGAACUGUCGCUGGAACCAAGAAGAAGAGCAAAAAGCAGGAGGAAGAGGAGGAGGAAGAGCGAAAAGCCGCCGAGGCUGCAAAGAACAAUCUCAGCUGGGCUGACGAUGUUGAUGAGGGCGGUGGCGGCGAUGAUUGGGCCGGGUUUACUGCAGCAGGAAAGAAGAAGAAAGGAAAGGAUGAGGUGCCCCCUGGCGGGUUUCAGGAUAUCAGCCUAGACGGCGGAGCUCCCCAGUUGGACUUAAACUUCGACGCAGCACCAAAAGGUGGAGGAACUGGUUUUAGUUUUGGCGGCUGGGGUAAAGAUUGGAGUACUGGAGGUGCCCCUGCGGCUAGCAAAUGGGGUCUUGGGGCUAUCGGAGAGUCCGUCCCGAAAGAAGAACCCAAAGACAACAAUCCCUGGGGAGUCGCUUCCACAAAGAAGAAAUCGACCAAGACCGCAGGCGGUUUUGAUUUUGGCGAUUUGGGAUCCCCUCCCGCCGAGGCGACGAAAGCAGAUGACGACUGGAGCUCCUGGGGUGUCGCGACUAAGGAUAAGAAGAAGAAAGGCUUACUCGAUCCUGAGCCCGAACCCGAAUCAACCCCUGAAGCACUGCCAGAGCCUAUUGCCUUGGAACCUUUACCCGAAUUGGAUCUCGAGCCCGAACCGGAAAUCCCUGGAUCUAUCCUUACGGAAGCCUGGUACAUUGGUCUGUCCAAGAAGGAACAGCGAAAGGCCAAGAAGGACUGGGAGAAGAAGGUGAAAGACGCUGAAGACGAACUUGCCAAGGUUCGGGAAGCAAAUGCAGCCAAGCAAGCCGCCUACGACGAGGCAGUGAAAGCCAGAGAAGAGGCGCAAGCUCAAGCUGCUCCCCCUGCCCCGGAUCCACCUGCCCUAGAACCGGAACCCGAACCCGAAAAUGACUGGGGAUGGGCCGUUCCCUCCAAGAAGGACAAGAAGAAGAAAAAGAUUGAUCUGCUGGCAGACUCCGAGCCCAUACCUGCGCCUGCACCUGACCCUCCGGCUGAGGACGACUGGGGAGGCAGUUGGGGUACUGCUGGUAAGAAAGAUAAGAAGUCCAAGAAAGAACCGGAGCCCGUCAUUGAGGAACCCGCGCCGGAACCCCCCAAAGCCAAGGAGCCCGAAGAUACCUGGGGUGCCUGGGGUGUGACCACCAAAGACAAGAAGAAGAAGAAGGGCAAACUCGAACCAGAACCCGAACCCGAGCCAGAACCUGAACCUGAACCUAUAGUCGAGCCAGAACCCGAGCCAGAACCCGAACCUGAGCCUGAGCCUGAGCCAGAACCUGCUCCUGUGUAUGAUGAUCCUCUAUAUGAGGGCUGGCAUACUCUAUCGUCGAAAGACCGGAAGCGGCGCGAGAAGAAACUGGUCCAGAAAGGUCUCCCUAUCCCUGGAAAGGACUUUGAACUUCCCACCGAGAAGCCACCAGAGCCCGAACCCGAACCGGAGCCUCCUGUUGUUGAGCCUGAGCCUGAACCUGAACCUGAACCUAUUCCCGAACCCGAGCCGGAGCCAGAACCUCCUAGGCAAGCAGAAGACGACUCUUGGGGAGUCUGGGGAACGACCAAGGAUAAGAAGUCAAAGAAGAAGGGGUUUGAAGAACCGCCUCCGCCUGCACCGACUCCUCCAGCACAAGGUCUCACUCCCGAGCCUGAAAUCCUUGAUAACCCUGAUGAUAUCUGGGCCGAUCUGGGCUCCAAGUCCAAGAGCAUUAAAAAGACGAAGGCCAUCGAACCAGUCAAGGAAGAGAAGCCUGCAGCUAAGGGUUUCUGGGCAUCUUUGACUGGAGGCUCCGCUGCCAAAACCAAGUCCACCAAGGAGAAGUCCAAACCGAAGGAAGAGAUACUCGAGGAGCCAGAAGACCUUCUUAUCGAUGUUGGCGAGGAUCCUCCUAAGGAACCCGAGCCCGAACCUGAGCCUGAGCCCGAACCUGAAGUCGUGCCAGAGCCCGUUAAAGAGGAACCCCCUCCUGAGAAAUCUUCGAAGCUCAAGUCCUCGGCCAAGCUGUCUGUCGCUGAGCGUAUCAAGGCCCUCGAGCAGACCAAGGAAAAGCUUAAGCAGGCGAAGUCAAGCUCAAAGUCAAAGGCUAAAGAGCCCGAACCCGAGCCAGAACCUGAACCCGAACCUGAACCGGAGCCUCCUGUUGUUGAGCCUGAGCCUGAGCCCGAACCUAUUCCCGAGCCUGCUCCUGUGCACGAUGACCCUCUGUAUGAUGGCUGGCAUGACCUAUCAUCCAAGGACAGGAAGAGACGAGAGAAGAAGCUGGUUCAGAAAGGACUUCCCAUUCCUGGGAAGGACUUUGAGCUUCCAUCUCAAACAUCUCCCGAGCCCGAGCCCGAACCGGAGCCCCUACCUGAGCCCGAAGAGGAAAGACAUGUCUCCAGAGACUCUGUUCCCGGAAGUUUCCCUGAUGAACCUGAAAUUGAAGUCCCACCUGAACCCGAGCCAGCGCCGGAGCCCAAACCUAUUCCCGAACCUGCACCAGUUCACGAUGACCCUUUGUAUGAUGGCUGGCAUGACCUGUCAUCCAAGGACAGGAAGAAACGAGAGAAGAAGCUAGUUCAAAAGGGACUUCCCAUUCCCGGGAAGGGCUUUGAGCUUCCUUCUCAAACCCCUCUCGAGCCCGAGCCCGAGCCCGAGCCCGAACCGGAACCUGUGGCUGUCAUUGAACCUGUUGCUGUCCUUGAGCCUGAGGAAGAUGGCGCUCCACCAACACCUCCUCCAGAAGUGGAAGAACCUCCAAAGUCAUCGAAGAAGGAUCGGCCUCGUGUGGACCGCGCGGCCAGUAAUACUGGUUGGGGUUUCUGGGGCUCGGCACCACCACCCAAGAAGUCCAGCAAGAAGGAGCCGAAAGAGACCAAGGAACCCAAGGAGGUGAAGGAGAUCAAGGAAGCCAAGGAACCCACGGAGGUGAAGGAGAUCAAAGAGAUCAAGGAACCCAACGAGGUGAAGGAGGUGAAGGAGGUGAAAAAGAUCAAGGAGAUCAAGGACGUGAAGGAGGUUAAGGAGAUCAAGGAAAGCAAGCCCGCUGAAGAAGUCGAGUCUCCCAAGAAACGAUCGAAAGAGGAACGAAAGGAAUCGACUCGCGAACGUGAACGGGAGCGCUCUCCCGUAGCAGCAGUUCGUUCCAAAUCCACGAAAUCGCGUCCUAAAGAAUCAGAUCCUGAGGUCGAGAGAUCUUCGUCUGACAAGGACAGGCGACGUGAGCGAGAGCGAGAGCGAGAACGCGAAGCCCGUUCCUCAAAGCAGCAACGUGCGACCACCUUGUCCAACUUCGUAUUUGGUCAGCCCCCGCCACGAAGCAAGUCAUCCCGCAAACCGGAAUCAUCAUCCAAAAGGCCUUCCUCCAAACCGGUAUCCCGACGUCCUUCGAUUGAUCCAGAAGAUGAAGCUGCCAUGCCGUCGCCUCCUCCAGAUGACAAACCCGAGGUAAACGAUAAGGCAGCCAAGUUGAUGGGCAUCAACGCGUCCAAAUCCAAACGCGACCGGCCCCGUGCUGAGCGCCUGAAGUCUGCUCCCCGCGACCCCUACGCCAUUGAGGAUGAUGACAUGGUGGUGGUUGACAUGGAAGACGUGGAUGGCCAAUCACCUAAAGAGGGCUCGAGAGGGUCAAAGCGCAAGUCCAAGAGAGAAUCCCGUACGAAACCUGACGAGGACGAUGCUAUCAUGGUCGAUGUUGAGCAAGCCCGCGGUGGUCCAGACCUUCUCUCAGGGGCUGAUGACAUGGCUUUCGUCGAUGCGCCUCGAGAGCGACGCCUAAAGCGCGCACCUCCUCCACUCAAGAAGCAAGACACUGGUGGGUUCAUGGGGAUCUUUGGUUCGUUGCGAAAGCCUGCGCGUCCUGAGAUGCCAGACCGUCGCAAGUCUCGCUCCUAUCGCGAUGAAGAUGCCAAGCACCUCACUGAGACAGAGCGCGAGGAUCGCCGGGUACGUCGUGACGAUCGACGCCGGCGGUCGGUGAGACCGGACACUGAUGCUGAAGGGUUUACCACGGACGCCGCUGGCGCUGCUGCAGGGGGCGAAACCGAGCCCGAAGACGCAGAGGCUCGGAGAGCAGCUCGUCGCGCGAAGCGCACGUCUCGCCAAGCCCCGUCUGACACACGAGAAGCCGAGGCUCGCGAAGCGGAAGAGCGACGAGCCAGACGUAAAGAGAAGAUCCGCGAGCGCGAAGCACGCGAACAACGCGCCCGUGAGGAGGAAGAACAGCGCCGAGAAGAAGAGCGACGUAUUCGCCGUGCCGCGCGCGAAGAACGCCGAGCCCGCGAGGAACAAGCCGCACGCGAAGCCGCAGCAGCCGAAGAAGCGAAAGUCGCCGAGCGCCGCGAGCGCCGUCGCCAGCGCGAAGAAGAAAUGGCCGCCAAAGCCAAACGUCGCCGUUCCCGCGUUGACGAGCCCCCGGUCGACAGCUACGCACCAGAAGAGCAGCUAGACGGUCGUCGUGGUUCCCGUUCGUACGCAGACGACAAGGCUCAUCGUCGCCGAUCAAAGGCUGGACCUGCGCCGGAGCAGACGCGGGCACCGUUGAUGACGGGGGGCCUCAAUCAUGGGAACACAGGUGGGCCCAAGAAAGACAAGAUCUCCACGUGGGUCUACUCACAAGCUGAAGAACCCCCUGAGCCGCCGCCCAUCAUGCCCACCGUCAUCGAUCUGCCCCCGGACGCAGCCGCAGCCGCCGAUAACGCUCACUCGCUGUCCUCGGAUGAGGAAGCCCGUCGUGCCGCGCGCCGAAGAGCCCGUCGUCGGGCCAAGUAUGGUGAUAUGCCGGAAGAGGAGGUGGUUGAUGAUGUGCGCUCUCGUCGUCGAGAGUCGCGUCGUGAGGGCGUGAAGAGUAGUUCUGGGAGUGGAGACUAUGAGCGUGAUCGUGGGAUGCGAUCUCAUCAUGGGAGUCGACAUGGUGGAGCACCUGCGCCGCCAAGCUCAGGGGCGAAGAAGUCGAGUUGGUUCAAGAAGCUUACAAGCUUCUAG